AUGGUUAGAUGGGUAAUGUCGAGCUCUAUGGCUGCACGGCCAUAUCUCGACAUUUCUCAGCAAUGGUCUCUUUGGAGAUUACCUGGGAUUGCCAUUUUAUCGAGCUUUUCAACAUAAUGCGCUCGCGAAAACCUGGAAAACUGGUCCCUCAGCGAUCGGCCCGGGUGGACGCCAAAGCCGCCUGAGAGUUGCUUCAGCUCUCAGGAGGGUACACCGUUUCCGCACACUGCUGAUAUGGUGAAGUAACUGUUUUUGACGUGUCUUCGGCUGGACGUUGGAGGCGGCUCCGGAGUAAAAGCUAAGGUACUUUGAUAAAUAAACUUCAAUUUAAUUUAACCGAAUUUUUUUAGCAAUUGUCUGAAACAACGCAGCCUCGUGAUUUCCCGAACACCGUUUUGACCUAUAAGGUAAGCACAGAAUUUAAAACACCAAGAAGAAAGGUAACGCUCUCAUCAAUCAAUUGAUAAAUCAGAUGAUUUUUCGAAUGGUUGAUGAAUAAUUUGAAGAAAAUCACUUCUCUUCAAACUAAGCGCUAGAUAUAACUGUGGUCAAUAUAUCUGAAUAACAUUGCUUUGUUGCAGUGCGCAACGCUCGAGAAAGUUGAAAAAACAGUGAAAAGCCACAUUCAGCGUGGAUGCGUGAAGGGGCGUUUUUGUGUUGAAAAGCUCCGUCAGAGCCACCUUUCGGACACACCGGGCCCAUUUCCAUGGAUUACCCGAUGGUUAGAUGGGUAAUGUCGAGCUCUAGGGCUGUACGGCCAUAUCUCGACAUUUCUCAGCAAUGGUCUCUUCGGAGAUUACCUGGGAUUGCCAUUUUUAUUGAGCUUUUCAACACAAUACGCUCGCGAAAACCUGGAAAACUGGUCCCUCAGCGAUCGGCCCGGGUGGACGCCAAAGCCGCCUGAGAGUUGCUUCAGCUCUCAGGGUACACCGUUUCCGCACACUGCUGGAUUGGUGAAGUACCUGUUUUUUGACUUGUCUUCGGCUGGACGUUUGAGGCGGCUCCGGAGUAAAAGCUAAGGUACUUUGAUAAAUAAACUUCAAUUUAAUUCAAUUGAUUUUUUUUUCAGUUCUCUGGAGUGCGUCAAACCGAACUUUCGUGGUGGGGUAUGUGAAUUGAAACGCUUCGGAUGACAAAUAUCCGGAUUUUCAGACUACUCCUACGGCUACGUGGUCGAUGACUUCCGACUUCAGGCCCAAGGUCGACGGUUUCCUGCUCCGGAACAGAGGCCGACGCUCCGCUUCAUCGAAGGUGGAGCUCCACAACUUAUCUCAACCGUCAAAUAAUCACCGGCUCUUGUUUUUUUCAUCAAUUUCUAGCGCGCAAGUGUUUUCGAAAAAAAAAAUAAUAAAUCUAGGCUAGGCCGUAGCUAAAAAUGAAACCUUUCAGUUAUUUUUUCUGGAUAUCCCUUUUCUAAACCGACUUAUUCAUUUCUAUUACUUAACAAUGAAAAACAUUAAAAAAUGAUGUUGAUGGAUAUUUUAAAUCUUUUGGGAAGCUCUUACUUAGAAAACUUUUUUUGGGAAGACGCUCCGAGCUCAAACGUAUAUAGUUUUUAAAAAAAUGUGUUAUUUGUGCUCCUUCAAUAUUUUCUUCGUGGCGAACGGAAUUUUACGCACAUUACAAAAACCGUUUUCUUCUUGUUUGUAAAUUUAAACCUAAUCGAGUUAAGGUAAUUGGUCUGAUGCGAUUUUCGGCGAGCCGUUCUGAUCCUCGUUCGGGCGUUUUUUUUGUGUUGCCGCCUGGCACCGUUUGUCCUAGAUUCGAACAAGACGCAAUCAUUGUUUGAAUUCAUCGUUUAAAUAAAAUUUUAAUACGAUUUUACAGACGGCGAUGAAUCAGACAAUCGAAGCAAAUCCAGAAGGCCCAAUUCCGGGAAAACCCCUUCGACUUUCGCUCUGAUGGACGCCAAUGCUUCGAAGUAUGGGCCGUUGUCGUACAUUUCUUCAAAAAUUUCCAUUUUCAUUUUGCCAUACCUCUUUGCGAUUUCCUGUUUUUAAUAGUUUGUCACAGUUUUUUGCUUUCAGGAUGCGAAAAAUCUUCUCUUCGACGUGCGCAUAG